AUUUCAACGACAAAAAAGACAAUCGUAACUUUGUUGUUGGUAACUGACCAGCAGCAUUUACACACAUCACCUUACACUUUAGACUAAAGUAUACCUCCUCUUGACCUCAAUUUGUGAAAAUCUUCUUAAAUCAGGUUUUUAUAGAGUUCCAACCAAGCCAUAAUCAGUGUAUGUAGUCAACUCUUAGGUUCAAGGUGCAGUGUGCUAUCAUAAUCUUUCAUGUGUAUAGUUUGUUAUCACAAAGUCAUAUCAUCAUCAUAUACUUUUUAAAUGAGCACGAGAUGAGGUAAAUGCUGAUCAUCCGUCAGUCACUCGCAGUCAGUCAUACAUACCGUUGUCUCCUAGGAGGUGGAAAUUUUGCAUAUUUCAGACUCAGCAUUGAUUCUUGGUCAUAUUUUAAUAUUUUUAAUAAUAAUCGUCUCAACUAUACGUACCUCCUUAGCCAGCCAGAAAAAUGCCAGUAAAAGUAGAGAAAAGUGAACCACUUUUGAUAACGUUCCGAUCUCACCACAAUGCUUAUCAAGAAGGUUCUGGCGCUCAAAUUAUUCGAUACCCUGAAGUGAAUACAGUUUGGUCAAAAAUUAGCCAAAUUGUAGUCGGAAUGGUGGUUAUUCAUUAUUUCCUUUGGUUUAUUCCAAUGUUUCUAUCCCUUUACCUCCUCUAUUCGUUGGGUUAUCCAGUGGUGUCGUUCAUCUUGCUAGCACUCUAUAUUCCAACCUACUUUAACAAGGACGAAUUAAAAUAUGGGAGGCCAUGGGAGUGGAUCAGACAGCACAGCUUUUGGAAAUAUUUACAACACUAUGGACAACUCGAAAUCGUAAGAGAAUGUGAGUUAGAUACAGAUAGAAAAUACAUUUUCGGAUACCAUCCUCAUGGGAUUCUAAUUCUAUCCAGAAUUAGUACCUAUGGGGGCGUGUUCGAGAAAAUUUUUUCAGGAAUUGAACAGAGAUGUUUAGCGGCCACACCCAUGUUUCUCCUUCCUGGAUCUCGCGAGAUCUGCCUGUGGAUGGGCGCUGUGAGGGCCGACCGGUCGAAUGCUAUUCGUAUUCUUCAAACUGAUAAGCUGAAUCUUCUCUUGUACCCGGGCGGAUCUGAUGAAAUAUUUCUAACCGAUCCUUCAUCUACUGAAACUACGAUUAUCGCUCGAAAGGGGUUUAUACGCCUGGCCCUUCAACAAGGUGUCGACCUUGUCCCUUCCUUUGUUUUUGGUGAGAAGCACGCCUACCGCAAGUUGGACAUUCCGGAGUCAAUCAAAUCCUUCUUCAUGAAAAACUUGAGAACCCCGUUGAUAAUUUUCUGGGGGCGAUUCUUUUCUUGGCUUCCUCUGUCUGGAAAGAAAAUUUUCCUUUCUGUCGUUCACGGGAAACCAAUUAGAGUUGAAAGAAUGAUUCCAGACCCCACAGAUGAAGAGAUUGACGAAUUGUACAGACAAUUUUAUGCAGAAAUCAGAAACUUAUUUAAUAAGUACAAAGGAAGAUAUGGGUAUGAUGAAAAUGAGACGCUUGUAAUUCGGGAAGCUGCAGACAAGUCGUCUAAAGGUAAUGUUUCAAAUGGGGUAACAAAUGGGCAUGCAAAAUCCCUUUCCAAAAAAGCGGUGCUCUCUUCUACUAGUAAUGGUACAAAUGGUGUGCAAAAUGGGUUUGGCCACUAAUUCACGUGUUUAACUAAUGCAUAUGUAAAAGUAGAAUGGAAUAAUCUCGGUGUAAUGUAAUUUAAUACAAUGAAACAAUACUUUAUUUUGUCGGUUAGAUUGUGCCAAGUUGUAUGUAUAAAAUGCUAUAAAAAAACUUACUAAAUGACAAAAAUGAACUUUCAUAGUUGAUGUUAUGUUUUAAUAAAUAUGUGAUUAGGUGCGAAAUAAAUGUCAUUCGUAUAGUCUAAUUGAA